AUGCAAAUUAAUGAGGAUAAAUUUAAUACUGUUUGUGAAGUAUCAUCUUCGGAAAAGACAUUAUUGAAAGAUCUUUCAGAUGUAGAUAAUUUGACCAAUAAUUACUUUGAGAGUAGUGAUACUGAAAUAAGUGAUGAAAUUUGUGAAUGUAAUUUAAAUAAUAGUGCUGAAUUUAAUCAUGAUAAUAGUGAUGAGAGUGAAGAGUAUAGUUCUAAGAGUGAAAAACUUAAUCAGAAUAAAAGCGAAGAAUGCAGUUAUGAAGAAAGUGAGGAGUGCAGUGAUGAAGAAAGUGAAAUAUGUAGCAAAAAGAGUAAAGAAUCUAGUGAUUUGGAAACUGAAGAAACCAGUGAGGAAAUGAGUGAAGAGUCUAGUGAUCUGGAAACUGAGGAAUCCAAUAACAAAACAAGUGAAGAAUCUAGUGAUCUAGAAACUGAAGAAUCGACUGAGGAAAGCAGUGAUGAAUCUAGUUUUAGUACUGAAUGCGGUUCAGCCGAUCUAUCCGAUAGCGAUAAUAAGCAAAGUGGCUGUUAA